AUGGAGGAGAAAGAUACUCUUCGGGUGAUUAUUGCUGGUGCUGGUAUUGCGGGGCUUUCCGCAGCUAUUGCUCUUGAGCGAGUAUCAGCAGUCCCAAAUCUUAAUAUUCAGCUGUAUGAGCAAGCCCCCGAGCUCUUGGAGAUCGGGGCUAGUAUUGCUAUUAGCCCCAACGGAAUGCGAACUCUGGAGAAACUCGGUGUGCAUGAAGCUCUCACGGACGAAGUGGGUUACAGAGGACCAAGCGGGAUUCCACAAAUCUUCCGCCAUUGGAAAACCGACCGGGUCGUUUCUGUUGAUAACCACACCGACGUUCCUGAUCCUCGUCACCACACGACUCGUUUCCACCGGGGUCAUUUGCAUAGCACUCUGUUGAAGCACGUACCUGCUCAGUCAAUUCACUUGAACAAAAAGGUCGUGCGUGCAGAAAUCCGCCAGGACGGGGUAUCUCUAUUAUUCGAGGAUGGGAACAGUGCUCACGGUGACAUUCUAAUCGGAGCAGAUGGAAUCCGCUCGAAAGUGAGACAGUCGUUCAUUCCGGACUAUAAACUUCGCUUCACUGGCAAGGUCUUUAUGAGAGCCACAUUUGAUGCAUCCCUCGUCGAGGGCAAGAUCCCUGAUCUACCUGCCGAUUCAAUGCACUGGUGGGGUCCAAAGGAUAACUUCUUUGCUUCGCGGCUGGGCAAAGGGCAGUAUACCACCGUUGGUGCCUAUGACGAUCCACGCACGACAGAAGAGCUCGAGAGGAACAUUUUUUGGGGCCAGCGAGGCAAUGUGGAUUUCUUGAGAGAAAGAUAUAAGGAUUGGAAUCCUACAAUUCGAGCUCUCACCCAACUGACUCCCUAUACCAAUCUCUAUCCCAAUUUUGCCGGAGACGCCCUCCCAACCUGGGUGUUUGGAUCGCGAGCCACCUUGAUUGGAGACGCAGCACAUGCUCAUGGAGGUGCUUUUGCCGCGGGUGGCUCGUUAGCACUUGAUGAUGCUUUGGCUCUCGGUCUUGCUUUUAAGCAUGCUUUUAAUCCAUCGUCGACACGACCUUCAUUUGCGGUGGAAAAUAUCGUCAAGGCACUGAAGCUCUACGGCAAGACGAGGCAGCCUCAUGCAGCACGAUUGUUGCGUAUUGUGCAUAACCAAAUCGGUCAAAGGCCUCGAGUAGAUAUCACAGCAGAAGAAGAGGACGCCGCUCUUGUAGCUAAAAUGAAGAGCAGACCCAACACGGCGUGGCUAUCAGAGCAUGAUGUGGAAGCUGCAUUUGCAGCCACGGUUGAGCAGCUGGAGGCUGAAGAUGCCAUUGAGGAAUCUCAAUCUCUGGGAAACACCAAACUUGGGGAAACUCCCGGACAAGUAAUAGAGCUCAAGGGAAGUAAAAUAUAG